AUGUCUUCCUCUCAACCAAGAAUCGCCAUUGUUGGCGGUGGCCCUGCUGGGCUGACCACAGGUCUCCUUCUCCAUAAGCGUGGCGUCCCAUUCACCAUAUUCGAGCUUCGCCAGAAGCCGACCGAUGAGGAGCUGGCCAAGCCCUCUGGAAUGCUCGAUCUCCACGAAGAAUCUGGCAUCGCUGCUCUCAAGGAGUGCGGUCUAUUUGACGAAAUUCUCCAGAUCACCGGCGACUGCUCCGAGGCGCAAAAGGUAUCAGACAAGAAUGGCAACAUCCUCCACACGGACGACGGCGACAUAAGCCAGCGCCCUGAGAUCUCCCGCCACGCACUCAGCAAGCUCCUUAGCUCUCAUAUCCCCGCCGACCAGAUCAGGUGGGGUUAUAAGCUCCUCGCAGCUACCAAAUCCAUGGCGUCGGGGUCGGGGCUCACUGAAAUCCAGCUCGACUUUGGGCCCCGCGGCAAGCAGACCUUUGAUCUGGUUAUUGGCGCUGAUGGAGCCUGGUCCAAGGUCCGGAACCUGCUGUCGGACACCAAGCCAUACUACGCAGGCACGCAGAACAUCACCCUGACUAUCCGGGAGGUCACCAAGAAGUAUCCUCAUCUAUCAGAAUUGGUAGGCCUAGGCAGCUUUGCCGCGCUCGGAGACCGUCACGGCGUCAUGUCGCAGCGCGGGCCCCAGGACUCGGCGCGCAUCUACAUCUUCUUAACAAUCAAGGACGAGCACUACGCCACUACGCUGGCGGGCCAGACGGCGUUGGCAGCCAAAGAGCGGGUUUUGGGCGACGUCGAACUGCUCAGCACUUGGGGCACUGCCAUCAAGGAGCUGGUGACGAUCGCGUGCGACGAGGAGGUGGCCGACAAUCCGGGCAACGCGGUAGAUAUCCAUCCAAUGUACGUGCUUCCGGUUGGCAAUGCUUGGGAGCACAAGAUCGGUGCCACGGUUAUCGGGGAUGCAGCACAUCUAAUGGGUCCCUGGGCCGGCGAGGGAGUCAACCUCGCUAUGUGGGAUUCGCAGCUGCUGGCCCACGCUAUCAUCAAGGCGUAUGAAACCGAGACCGCCAGGAAGGAUGCCGCCUCCUUCCAAAGCGUACUAGAUCCGCUGAUAGAGGCGUUCGAAGUCGACAUGGUAGCGCGCGCUCAGGAGAAGGCAGAGGAAUCGUCCAGCAACGGCCAGAUGCUGUUUGGGGAGGAUGGAGCAACGGCAUUUGCAGAAUUCUUCCGCCAGGCUUACGCAGGGGCAAUCAGCGGCGAAAGCACUUAG